AAUAAACAACAUGAUUUUAUAAAACAAAUUAAUUGAAAACAGAGGAGAAAAGUUUACAAUAUUUAUAGCAUAUGGUACAAAUAGAUUUUUGUAAAACCUCAGCAAAAAACCCCCAUUCCAUCCGCGUUUCUGAACCCUAACAUCUGCAAUGGCGUCUCGGUUUCGUGUACUGUCAAGACCAGCAACGAACCUUGUUAAAUUCACAAUGAACAAACCGUCAAGCAUACCCACUACUUCCUCUUUUCACAUUCCUCGCCCAUUUCCAACACUCUCAAGGCCAUUGGCUCAAGUGGGUUGUCUUCAAUCUCUGCUGCCACUCCAUAGUGCUGUGUCUUCAGCUAGACUCACAUCUUGCCUUGGUAUUGAUUCCAAAGGUUCAAGGUCUUUGUCUCAGGAGUUAGGACUCUCAGUUCCGCGAUAAGAGACUAUUUAUUGCUCAAGGAAGAAGAAGGUUAUUUAGUCACUAUCACAACUUCUUAUCAGCUGAUGUCCUUCCAUAAUUUUCUGCAAUUUCUGACCUUAAUCAUGUAUGAUCUAUUGACAGCAUGCAUCUUCUUUUUCCUCAAUUGCCCAAGUUUUUGUUCGAUUUUGGAAGGUAUAGUCCCUCGAUUUCGUUUAGAAACAAUUUUGAAGUAAUAAUGUUGGUACUCAUGCCAUACUGCUCAA